AUUGAAUCUGGCGACAGAACCCGUGCCCUGAAAUUUCUCAAUAAAGCUCGUAGAUUAGACCCAUCUAUUGAAAUUGAUGAUCUUUUGUUGAAUCUAAAUGCUUCGCAACCAGAAGACAAGAAAACUGAUGAAUCCACCAAUGAAAAUCCUUCGAAGCCCUCCCAAAAUGGCCCUCGCCGCAGGGUUCCGGCUGGUCCAUCUUCAUCCUCCUCAUCCACCACAUCAGCUACCUACACAGAGGAGCAGGUCACUGUGGUCCGGGAGAUUAAGAGGAAGAAAGACUAUUAUGAGAUAUUGGGUUUGGAGAAGAGUUGUACUGCUGAAGAUGUUCGCAAGGCAUAUAGGAAGUUGUCUUUGAAGGUCCAUCCAGAUAAGAACCAGGCCCCAGGGGCUGAGGAGGCAUUUAAGAUGGUAUCAAAGGCAUUUCAAUGUUUGAGUGAUGAAGAGAGUCGGAAAAAGUAUGACCUUCUUGGAUCAGAAGAGCCUGUUUAUGAGCGGAGAGGUGGAGGUGUUAAUGGAAUGCGAGGGU